AUACACUCGUGCUCUACUGUCUUGAACAAAGAAACAACAAAACAACCCCAUCAAAAUGUACAAGUUUGUAGUAUUCUUCGCCAUCAUCGCCCUGGCUGUAGCCGCUCCAGCUCCCGAGGCCGCUCCUGAAGCCAAGGCUGUCCCUGAGCCUAAGGCUGCCCCUAAACCAAGUGUUCUCGCCGCUGCAUACACCGCUCCAAUUGUGGCUGCCCCUGCUGCAUAUGCCGCCUAUCCCUAUGCUGCUCCCCUGGCAUACUCUAGCUACAUCGCUGCACCCUCUGUCUACGCCGCUGGAUACAGUGCCUACCCAUACGCUCCUACUUUUAUCGUUUGAUUUUGUUGAUAUAGG